AUGGCUGCAAUAAACCAAUUCAUAGCAGAUAUCAAUGGCUUCGUUGAGACAAAGUCCAAGCACUUCAGCAUCACUGUCCGUGUGAUGACCCUUUGGAAGAUGCCUGAGUCAACAAAAAACAAGGCUAUCAAGUCUCUUGAAAUGGUUUUGAUUGAUGCAAAUGGUGGCAAAGUACAAGCAACCAUACCGGUUAGAUUUAUGAAAGAAUUUGAACACCUUUUCAAAGAAGGUGUUGUUUGCCGUAUUUCAGGCUUUGAUCAUGCUUUGAAUAUCAACGGAGGUUACCGUUGUUCCAAACAUGAAUACAAAAUCGUGUUUUUACCAGAUACCUUAGUUGAUUCUGUUGAAUAUGUUAAUAUUCCGUUACAUGUGUUCGAUUUCACUCCAUUUGCUGAGAUUUCAAACUUCAUUGCAAGUUUUGAUUAUUGUUUCGACAUCAUAGGACACAUUCAAGCGUACAGUAAGCCUGUGGUGGAGAAUGGUACAAAAAGAAUAUCUGUUGAACUAGAGGAUCAAAGGGCUGACAGGCUGAAAAUUACUUUGUGGAAUGAGCAUGCUGACCGUGUUUUGACUCUCAUGGAUGCAAAUCCUGAAUACCCUAUUGUGCUGAUUGUUCAAUAUGUCAAAUGCAAAAAGUAUUACUCAAAGGCAUCUGUCACGACAAACAUCUACAAUGGUAGAAUUUAUCUGAAUGAUGAUAAGAUUCCUGAGAUUUACGACUACAAGACUAGGAUGGAUGACAAUGAAAACAAGGCAGCUAGCAUCCACCGGAUCCCUAUUUUGUCCUCUAUUUCUGGAUACACGACAUAUGAAGACUUUGUCAAGGAGGCUGCUAUGAUAUCUAUCAAUGGUAUAAAUGAUCUUGAACAGCCUGGACAUGCUGUGACGUUUGGUAAAAUAACUGGGCUGGCCAAGGAAUUUGAUUGGUCUUAUACAGGAUGCAACUUAUGUAACAAAAAGGUGAUCGAAAUUAAAAAAGAUGAUGGUGGUAUAACUCUAGCAGAACUAGAUAAUGCACAGAAAGGAAAAAUAAAAAACACAACUGGUGAUGCUGUAUCUGCAUCUUUAAAAAAAUGGAUGUGCGGCAAGCAUGGUCCUGUUUCUUCUGUUGCUCCAAAGUUCAAGUUGCAAGUUUAUGUGGCUGAUAGAUCUGGUAGCCGGAUUUUCACAUUAUGGGAUAGAAUGGUCUACAACUUCAUUACCAAAUCUGCUGCUGAACUCCGUGAAAAGGAACCAUCUGUUGAUUACCCUGUUAUACUUGAAGAGGUCAAAAGGAAAAGAUGCCUUUUUAGGCUUGAUGUUUCGAAUUUCAACAUUAAAAAUAGGACCAGCGAAGUUUCUGUUGCUAAGAUUACUGUGGAUUCAGAUGUUAUAAAGAAAUACCUAGAGGUUGUGGCUGAAGAUCAGGAAAUAGAUCCAGAAAUCAGUGCUGGAUAUGGCCUAAACUUGACCCCUACUCAGGACAGUACAUCCAAGACCGCAGUUUCCUGCACUGGCGACACUGAAGUUCCAACAGCAGGGGAUGAUACUGCUGAUAGCCCUCCUACAAAGAAGAUACCACCAACCCAGGCUGGUGAGGAAAGUGUGAAGUCAUAUCCCAACAAGCGUGUCAGGAAGCUGUGA